UCUGUGCUCAGUGCUAUUCUCUUAAGUCCAAUUCAUCUGUUAUAACAUGAUUAUGGUGUUAUACUUAAAAUUAUUUACAGCAAACAAAUAGUGAAGUUUUAUGCCUGUAUAAAAGUACAACAUAAGGAAUCGCUGUAGCGUUCUUUUUUUAUAAAACUGGGUUAUUAAGUUAUGUUCAAUGUAUAUCAAACAAGUUAUCUGUAACUGUAAUAUUAAUAUGAUGAAUGGUUAUGAUUUAAGCAAUGAUUAUGUUAUUGCUGAACUUGUUAAAGACCAAAUAUUAGAAAAUAUUUUCUCUUUUCUUAACUUGAAAGAUUUGAAGAAUUGCAUGUUAGUAUGUAAAACGUGGUUUAGAAUUCUCGGUGACGAAAACAACGAAUUGUGGCGGUUUCACUGCAUCAGAAGGUUGUCUGAGGAAGUGUUGAGAUCUGACUUACUUUCAAAUUUACCUACAUAUAAAACUAAGUUAAGAGCAUUCCUUCAUGCAUGGAGCCCUAAUGACUGUUCCCGAAAUAUUUACAUUAAACCAAAUGGAUUCACUCUUCACAGAAAUCCAGUUGCCCAAAGUACAGAUGCCUGUAGGGGAAAAAUUGGGUUUAGUCGAGGAAGGCAUGCCUGGGAAGUUAUUUGGGAGGGACCAUUGGGUACUGUUGCUGUUAUAGGAGUCUCAACUAAACAAGCACCAUUGCAAUGUCAAGGUUAUGUGGGCUUACUAGGAUCUGAUGAGUCCAGCUGGGGGUGGAAUCUAGUUGAUAAUAUACUGUUACACAAUGGAGACACUCAAGGGGACUAUCCCAUGAUGAAUAACAGUCCAAAAUAUCAAGUUGGUGAACGAGUAAGAGUCAUUUUGGAUUGUGAUUCAGGCACUUUAUGUUUUGAGAAGAAAUAUGAAUUUUUAGGAGUUGCAUUCAGAAAUCUACCUUUUAACACCAAAUUAUAUCCAACAGUCUCAGCAGUGUAUGGGAACACUGAAGUAUCAAUGGUGUAUGUAGGAUUACCUCUAGAUGGCUGAUGUAAAGUAUACUGUUUAGUUUGAAAAUUAUUCUAGUCAAUGUGUGAUAUUUUAGUUAUGUAAAUAUUUUUAAAAGUGGUUCACUCUCUCCAUUAAGUCACAACUCCAGCUUCAAUUUGUCAAUAAAAAAUUUAUAUUUGAGAUACAGUAACUUGCAAGUUUUGUACAUUCUAGGCUUUAAGGGUUUUCUAUGUACCUUUCUUUACAUAGGAUUUAUGUGCAAUUAUUUUCUUUGUGCCUUGUAUUAUUUUGCUACAGUCAAAGUGCUACAAUUUAAAUAUGAUUUAUAUAAGUGAACUGCUGUAGAUGUUCACUUGAGUAAAUCAAUUACUUCCCAUAUAACCAAAAUAAAAAAAAUGACAACAUAUAUUGAAAAAAAAAACAAUAUUGUCCUAUCCAAGGCAAAAGCAAGUAACUUAAAUUUAUUUAACUUAUUUUAUUUAUUAUUCUGUUAAGGAUUAAUUUCAGAAAUAAUGCAAGAUUUUGCAUUAAAUCAUUACUAAUUGUUUUAAUGUGUGUGUGUUUUUAAACUAGACUAAUCUAUCUAUAUGUAUUUUGUAAGUGCUUAAUGUCCUAGUCAUGACAAUUUUGAUAGGUUAGUAAUACUUUAAAAUGGGUUUAUAUAAUAUGCUAUCUCAUAACUUACAAGUUUUCAUGUAAGUACAUUAGCUGGACCAUCCGGAAUGGAUGGUAGUGGCAAAAAUAUUUUUGUCUUGUGAUGUAAACAUUCCUUUAUUCUAAGUUCAGUAUGAAUGUUAAUUUUUUUCCUUUUUUGCUUGUUAUAUUUUUUACACAGAAAUUAAGUUUUACACAAUGUAUACCUACUAUAAGUAUAAAUUACACCAAUUGCAAUAAAGUAAUAAAUAAUGA